CUCGCUUCAAUUUCCCUUCCAUCAAUAAUAUUCAUUUUUCUUUACUCUCGUUUUUUUUCCCCCUUCGUAUCCCCUUGUGACCAUUUUCCCCCUGGCUUCCAGCGCAUUCGGUCAAAGUAACCUGCUUCGAUCGCGGCCGUUCGACUUUCAACGGUUCAUUGCUGAUCAAGCUCGUUCCUUUUCUACGACCGUCUCGAUGAUCGCAGAGCAGGAGAAGUCCCGGGUGUCCGGAGAAGACAAACCCGCUUCCUCUUCUUCCUCCUCCUCCUCUCCCUCCUCCACCCCUACUUCCGCCGAUGCCCCCGUUCUCCCGACCGUGGACCCAGCGGCGACAAAGACAGAGCCUCCCAAGCCCACGCUCCAUCCUGCUUUCUAUGUCAUUUCGUGGAUCUUCUUCAGCUCCAGCGUGAUCCUUUUCAAUAAGGAAUUGCUUGACAAAGAUCGGGAUAGAUUCCCAUUUCCCAUUAUCCUCACAACAUGGCAUCUCGCCUUUGCCGCUUUCAUGACCCAGGUCCUGGCUCGGACGACGACCCUGCUCGAUGGCCGGAAGAAGGUUAAGAUGACAGGCCGUGUCUAUCUACGGGCGAUCGUCCCAAUUGGCUUCUUUUUCAGUCUGAGCCUGAUCGGCGGAAACAAGGCCUAUCUCUACUUGAGCGUGGCCUUCAUCCAGAUGCUCAAGGCCACCACUCCUGUCGCCGUUCUCCUCUGCACCUGGUUCCUGGGCAUGGCUCCUCCCAACAUGCGAGUCCUGUUUAAUGUCUCCUUUAUCGUGAUCGGAGUCAUCAUUGCUUCCUUCGGCGAGAUCCAUUUCGUCCUCGUCGGGUUCCUCUUCCAGAUCGGCGGUAUUGUCUUCGAAGCCACCCGACUCGUCAUGGUACAGCGCCUUCUGAGCUCAGCCGAAUACAAAAUGGAUCCGCUUGUCUCCCUUUACUACUUUGCUCCCGUCUGCGCGUUGAUGAACUUCGUCGUCGCGCUGGUCUUUGAAGCACCAUAUGUGACCAUGGAACAUUUCCAGAGGACUGGCUUGUUCACCCUCCUCGCCAACGCCAUGGUUGCAUUUCUUCUAAACGUCGCGGUUGUGUUCUUGAUCGGAAAAACCUCCUCACUCGUGCUGACUCUGUGUGGUGUUCUGAAAGAUAUCUUACUGGUUGCCAUUUCCGCUGUGUGGCACAAGACGCCGGUGACCGCGCUCCAGCUUUUCGGAUACGCCAUCGCCAUCGGCGGUCUGCUUCAUUAUAAGCUGGGCACAGAGAAGAUCAAGGAGUAUGCCGGCCAAGCCAACAGGUCCUGGGCAGAGUACGGCGCCACCAAUCCGAUCAGACGCCGCGUUAUUAUUUUCGGGGUGUCCGCUUUCCUGAUCAUUUGUGUCUUGGUCCAGCUGGGAGGCCCUUACGACCCAAAUAGCCUGAAAGGCAUGAUCCCAGGGAGCACAGUUGCAAACCACGCAUAAUUUAAGCGCCGUUGGGACACCUGUGAUUUGAUCGCGGACUCCGAUUGAUUUUCCCCUGAAUCCCCUACGUUGAAGGAUUUACGUUAUCGGUAACACGCAAGCUCCAAAAAAACAGAGAGGCAUCGUUGCUCGAUCUCACCUACUUUAAUUCCUUCCUCACUUCGCGAUAGAAAACAGCUAUUCCAGUGAUUGCUUUCUCGAAAGAAAAAAAAAAGGAAAACAAAAAUUAUGAAAUAUAGCAAAUGAUUUUCGAAUUAGCCAUACGAUGAACAUUUCGACGGCGCGUAGAGACGUCGGGGUGCUGACGUCCUUGACUUUGAUUCUUCUUUUUCCUUUUUUCUCAAGUCAUUUUUAAUACUUCUUUAAUGACGCUUAUCCACUGCUCGCGCUUCAUUCCUAUUUUCUCUCUCAUGUAUUAACUCUUGCCACAUGUCCUAGGGAGCAAAGGUUUCCGUUAGAUGUCGUUUGUUUGAUGUAUUUCCUGCACACAGAGGUGCUUUUAUUGAAGGCGGGUUUUCAGAGUCGCGCCUAUUCCAAGA